AUGAAAGUCAUUCUUGGCUUUCAAGAUGUUUGGGACAUUGUAGACAAAGGGUAUACAGAACCCGCUAAUGAGGAAACUUUGUCCUCAAAUGAAAAUGAGGUCUUGUUAAAAACAAGAAAGAAAGAUCAACAAGCCCUCACUCUUAUCCAUCAAUGUUUGGAUGAUGGCAUGUUUGAGAAGGUGGCUGAUGCAACUACCUCAAAAGAAGCUUGGGAGAUUUUACAAAAUUCUCUCCAAGGAAUUGAUAAAGUAAAGAAGAUAAAACUUCAAACUCUAAGGGCUGACUUUGAAGUUUUUAAAAUGAAAGAAUCCGAAUCCAUUUCAAAUUUCUGUUCAAGAUUGAUGGAUGUUGUAAAUCAACUAAGAAGAUAUGGGGAGGAAGUAAAUGAUGUGCGUGUGGUAGAAAAGAUCCUUCGUUCUUUAACACCUAAAUUUGAUUAUGUGGCAUCCUUCAAAGGAUUUGAAGGUGAGAAAAGUUACAAAGGAAAUGGACAAUGGCGAGGCCGUGGAGGUCGUGGAGACCGAGGAAGAGGAAGAAGUUAUACCAAUCAUUUCAACAAUAAAGAUAAAAGUCACCAGUCAUUCAGAGGUGGUCAACGAGGAGAUAGAGGACGUGGAGCUUACCAAGGUACAAAUGAAAUGAGGUAUGCCAAAUCUAAAAUUGAAUGUUAUAACUACCAUAAAAUUGGACAUUACUUUUGGGAAUGUCGUAGUAAUGUUGAAGAGACAGUUAAUCUUGUUGACAACAACAAAGACAAAGAUGAGUCAACGUUGUUAUUAGCACUCAAAGAAGAAGAUACAGAUAAUUGCAAUUUAUGGUAUCUUGACAAUGGAGCAAGCAAUCAUAUGUGUGGCCACAAAGAUAAGUUUGUGGAGAUAAAGAAGACGGUGAAAAUAAUGUGUCUUUUGUAG